CUAUGCAUGCAGACUGCUUCUAUGAACAUUUGUGAAAGAAUGGGUCGCUCUCAGGAGCUCAGUGAAUUGAAGCGUGCUACUGUAAUAGGUUGCCACCUGUGCAAUAAGGCCAUCUGUGAAAUUUCCUUGCUACUAAAUAUUCCACGGUCAACUGUUAGUGGUGAUAUAACAAAGGGAAAGCAACUAGGAACAAUGGCAGAGUGGGCACGCUGCCACUGGACUCUAGAGCAGUGGAGUUGUAUUCUCUGGAGUGACCAAUCGUGCUUCUCUGUCUGGCAAUCCGAUGGACGUGUCUGGGUUUGGUGGCUGUCAGGAGAACAGUACUUGCCUGACUGCAUUGUGCCAAGUGUA